UCGCCCGAGCCGCGACAGUUCGCGGGUCAGACCCUGCCGACAUGUCGCCUGAGGACCCCCAGGAGACGCAGCCACUAUUGCGGCCACCGGAAGCCAGGGCUCCCCGCGGCCGCCGGGUCUUCCUCGCCACCUUCGCCGCCGCUCUGGGCCCCCUCAGCUUCGGCUUUGCGCUUGGUUACAGCUCCCCGGCCAUCCCCAGCCUGCGGCGCACCGCACCCCAGGCCCUGCGCCUCGGAGACAGUGCAGCCUCCUGGUUCGGGGCCAUCGUGACCCUGGGCGCUGCGGCAGGGGGCGUACUGGGCGGCUGGCUCCUGGACCGUGCAGGGCGCAAGCUGAGCCUCCUGCUCUGCACCGUGCCCUUCGUGACCGGCUUUGCGGUCAUUACCGCGGCCCGGGACGUAUGGAUGCUUCUCGGAGGCCGCCUCCUCACCGGCCUAGCCUGCGGAGUCGCCUCACUAGUGGCACCGGUCUAUAUCUCGGAAAUUGCCUACCCAGCCGUCCGGGGACUGCUCGGCUCCUGUGUGCAGCUGAUGGUUGUCACUGGCAUCCUCUUGGCCUACGUGGCAGGCUGGGUCUUAGAGUGGCGCUGGCUGGCCGUGCUGGGCUGUGUGCCCCCCACCCUCAUGCUGCUGCUCAUGUGCUACAUGCCCGAGACCCCACGCUUCCUCCUGACUCAACACCAGUACCAGGAGGCCAUGGCUGCCCUGCGCUUCCUGUGGGGCUCUGAGGAAGGCUGGGAAGAGCCCCCUGUUGGGGCUGAGCACCAGGGCUUCCAGCUGGCUCUGCUGAGACGCCCUGGCGUCUACAAGCCUCUCCUCAUCGGCAUCUCCCUCAUGGUGUUCCAGCAGCUGUCAGGGGUCAAUGCCGUCAUGUUCUAUGCCAACAGCAUCUUUGAGGAAGCCAAGUUCAAGGACAGCAGCCUGGCCUCGGUCACUGUGGGCAUCAUCCAGGUCCUGUUCACUGCUGUGGCGGCUCUCAUCAUGGACAGAGCAGGGCGAAGGCUACUUCUGGCCUUGUCGGGUGUGAUCAUGGUAUUCAGCAUGAGUGCCUUUGGUACCUACUUCAAACUGACCCAGAGUGUCCCCAGCAACUCGUCCCAUGUAAGCCUCCUGGUGCCCAUCUCUGCGGAGCCUGUUGAUGUCCAUGUGGGGCUGGCCUGGCUGGCUGUAGGCAGCAUGUGCCUCUUCAUUGCUGGCUUUGCAGUAGGCUGGGGACCCAUCCCCUGGCUCCUCAUGUCAGAGAUCUUCCCUCUGCAUGUCAAGGGGGUAGCUACCGGCAUCUGUGUCCUCACCAACUGGUUCAUGGCCUUUCUGGUGACCAAAGAGUUUAGCAGCAUCAUGGAGAUCCUCAGACCCUAUGGUGCCUUCUGGCUUACGGCUGCCUUCUGUAUCCUCAGUGUCCUUUUCACGCUGACCUUUGUCCCUGAGACUAAAGGCAGGACUCUGGAACAAGUCACAGCCCAUUUCGAGGGACGAUGACGGACCCUUUCUGUGACUGGCAGCCCUGAGUUGAACUGGCUUUGGGUUUCAGGAGUGGAAUGGCCAGUACCUGAGCCAUACCUCAAUUUGAGCCGAGAGCCCCCUGACUCCUCAGGCCUCAGGGCCUGCUUUGUCCAGAUCUCAACCCAGAUCUACAUCAUGAGGCUCACCAGAUUCUGUGUGUGCAGCCUGCUGCACACACCGGACAUCUGAGGAGCUGUGCCCGUGGCUCCUGUUCUCUGGCUGGAGAUCUUUGGGGUGCUCACACCUAAGCAGCUGCCUGUACUUCACUUGACUGGGGGAUCAGAAAGGGACUUAGUCACAUAAGAAGCAAGGUCAGGUGAGCCCAGGUAGAAAAGAGGAUGUUCUUGUCAACCAAGUCCUCCUCAGAGCUACCCAGCGGUCCUCUGGAUUCACCUUGGGGUCAGCCAGUUUACAUCACUUACAGGUUCUUUCCAGCUCUUUCCUGGGCUCAGUGUCCUGGGUCAUUAGCCACCAUAUCUUGUUGAGUAUCAGGAAAUAAAAAGCCUCUUAACUGUUCAACUUUAAUGGAGCCAGAAGUCUUUUGUAGGUCACUUGUUUCAUGAAUCAGUACAUACUCACUGGAAUAAAUUAGAGCAUAGAUACAUUGACAUAAUUUGUUCAGCAGGCAGUCAUCGGCUGGGCACUUUACUUGCAUGAAAAAGCUGCCCCUUUCCAGAGGUAACUUACCCAAGUUAGACUGUGGCUCCAUCACAAGGCUGCCCUGAUACCCACUCUCCACUGUCAGUUAUUGAAAGCCGCAGGCUUGGUUGGCUUUGCCCUACUUAAGAUACAUAAGACUAGACCAUUUUUCCCUUAAAAAACUUUGUGAUCCUCACCAUCCUACCAAAGUCCCCCACACACUGUUAGUGGAAUCUACUUGAGGUUUGAGGAGGAGGGAUGUUUUUUGUUUUGAGACAGCGUCUCACUGUAUAGCCCUGGCUGUCCUGGAACUCAGAGAUCCACCUGCUGAGAUUAAAAGUGUGUGCUACCAUG